AUGGCACAAAGCAACUCUGCAACAAACUCGCCUGCUCCUUCGGGCCCUGCGCCAACACCCGCACCACCUCAACAACGACGAGCUUCGGCCUCCCCUUCGCCAGACCCAGAGGAUGAUGCCGACGCCGACGCCGACGAGGAUGACGAGGAGAUUCUUGGUCAGACAUCCAAAAAGUCGAAGAGCUCGAAGAAGAAGAAGGCGGGGAUGCCUGCUGGUCUUAGCGGCCUCGAGUCGACAGCCAAGCAAGAGUACAAGUACACCAGCGAGAUCUCCCAGAUGGUUCAAGAACCCCUCCAAGAGACUGUCCGUCUCGUCGAGGACGUUGUCCGCGGCCAAAUCAUUGAGAUUGUGACUCGAGCUCGCCUUCUUACACAUUUGCGUUCUUCGCGUUUCCUCUCCGCAGAGGAUCUCAUCUUUCUGAUUCGCGACGAUCGAGGCAAAGUGAAUCGCCUGCGGACUUACCUCAGCUGGAAGGAAGUGCGCAAGCGCGCCAAGGAAGACGAGGAGGGCGGAGACGUCGAAAACGCAAUCAAAGGCCGUAAACCAAUUGUCAAGCUCUCUUGGGAGCUCUUGACCCCAUUCUCCGACUUCCUUCGUGCCUUGCCCACGCAACAAAACCGUGCAGAGGAAGACGAAGAUGAGGACGAAGACGAACUGCAGGCCCAUCAGGAUAGCAUGCAGCGCUUGCGGGAUGCCGACGAGAUUACAAAAAAGAUGACCAAGGACGAGUAUGUCCACUACUCGGAUUGUCGUCAGGCAUCCUUCACGUAUCGCAAGGCCCGACGCUUCCGCGAGUUUAUUAACUUCAGCGCCUACCUCGACGUACGCCCUAACGACGACAUUAUCGACAUCUUGGGCUUCUUGGCAUUUGAGAUGGUGCGCUCUUUGUGUGUCACCGCCUUGGAGGUUCGCGAGCAACUAGAGAAGUCUGGCACGUCGGUUGCGACCACUGCGCGUGGUGCACCGGUGUCUCCAGUGAAGCGUAAGGCAGCUGGUGGAGACAACUCGCCAGCAAAGCGUCCUCGAGUCGACGGUGUCACCUCGCCCGAUGAAAGCGCUACGCCAGGUGGUGCGCCUGGAGCUGACAAUGUCAACUCGAAUGGCCGCCGCUACACACAAUCUGGUAACCCUUUACCCCGUUCACUCUUCGCUCCUCCUCCCAGCGCAAGGCAGCCUCUACUGCCCAGUCACGUCCUGGAGGCAUUUGCACAGAUUCAACGCAAGCAAACCUCCAACCGCAUUGGUGGACUGCGCAACUGGCGAGGCGGAAUGUCAAGAGGGCGUGUCGCUCUUGUCUGA